CUCUCUCAGAUAUGUUUGUCGGAUUCAGCUGACAAUGGCACUCAAAAGAUUUCCUCAAGGGCAAGCAGUCCUGGCCAAAUCAUCGCGGUGUGGACCAAAUGUGUGCACCGUGAGGCGAGGUGGUCAUGAAACCGAGUGCCAUUGCUUUCCAGCCGAUUUGAAGCCGCUCAAGAGUGGAUUCAUAGGGUGACCUUCACAAACCUCAUCGCCGCACUUGACCAUGUCCAAACAUGCCUUGUGUGGGGCGCUGACACCUGGCAUAGCCUGGCACCGGUGCUGGGUGAUGGGUGUUCUCGAACCUCAGGCCGCGGAGCAUGUCAAUGUCUGCUCUUUUUCUGCCAGGUAUGUGAUGCACGACAGUGGGUGGCCGGUCUUCUCGCCCUUGGAUUUGAGCUUGGAGGUGAGGGCAGGGGACCUGGGAAUGACAUUCUGGAGCAGUCUUGCUUGGUCUUUGGACCAAUUCCAUACUCUGUCUGCCAUCUGGGGCCACCUCUACGGUGGAUGCUUGGAUGAUCGAUGCCAACACCGAAGAUUCACAAAUCUGGAUUCUCCGCACCGGCCCCGUGGUGCCCACCGUCAGGAGCCGCGCCCCGUGGUGCCCCGCCACCCUUCGGCCUUCGGCACCUUCGGCAGGGACCUCGGGCGUCCACCACUUCCGGGUGGCGUGGCACCGAGUUCGGUGCAGAUUGUGUUGGUGGGAAGCCACAGCAGCCAGUUGCGGCAGACCGGGCAGAUGAUCCAGGAGAUCGCUGACUCAAGAGCUUUGCAGGUCCAUUUGAACUACGCUGGGUGUGUCUAUGUUCCCUAUGCCUGUGUGAAGUUGGGCAGUGACAUGUCCUCGCUCCUCUACCACAGCCUGGCGCGUGGGGACGCGGACCCUACGGCGAUCCGGGAGGGCUUGGAGGCAGCGAAGAUCGGCAGCUAUGGCCUAGCAGUUGUGCUGGACAUGGGCCUAAGCUCUCUCUUGCGAAGCAUCUCUCAAGUGCCGAUCCUGCACGUCAUCGGGAUCUACCCCUUGACGCUGAAUGAUGAGCUGGGACGAGCGAUCCCCGAGGAGCUCCGGCAAAGCCUGGAGGAUUCCAGCAUCUACUCCUUGGCCACCUCCACGGUCUGCGCGCUGCAGCUCUGGUGGAUCUCCGGACGGCGGCUCCCGGUCAUAACGCCCUUGCCGGAGGUCAAGCCGAUCUACCAAGGGGGCCAAGGCGAAGUGAAGAGGCGCAGAAUUUUACAGUGGCGGGGCGAUGUGCUGUGGAACACCGUGGCUGGAAGCGUGUUCUGGGUGUGGGUGCAAAUGCUGCUCCACCUGAACUCCGGCAUUGACAUUGUCCGCAUCACGCAUGGCGUGGGCACCCACAUGAGCUGGAAGGAGGUGGGCCGCCACGAUGCCGUGCUGUUUGUGCCCGAGGACCUCACGAAGAUCGGCUUCUGGGACCUUUAUGCAUCUGCCAUGCCCCUGUUCAUCACCGAUGAAAGCUUGACGGCCAGCCUCCUGUGCCCGGAGCCCAUGUCUCGGGUGAAGAUGCACUACUUCGAUACGCACUGGCGGCUGCCCUUCUUUGAGACAGGCGCCUUCGAAGCCUUGGAGCCCUUCGACCUCGAGCGCAGCUGCGAGAGGAAGUUGGAGUUCUGGGGCUCUUAUGCGGAUUUUUAUCACUUUCCGCAUGUGAUGAUCUUUGCGUCGGGCAUCGAUCUGGUGCUGCAAGUGCUCUCCGCCGAUCUGCUCGCCGUCUCCCAGGCCAUGGCGCACUGGGCGCUCCUGGCACGUCAGCGGAGCAUGCGGCGCUUUCACCAUGCGUUGGCUCAGGUCUACCCAAUCUUCAACCAGAGCACAUCAGCUUGAUGUCGCAUGCCGCAUACUGGCGCGAAGUACCCUGCUGGGUCAUUGCACCCUGCGCGGAGUUGUUUGUGCAGCGAAGCGACGAACGGAAUGGACAUCUGUGUGGGACAACGGCUGACGACACGACCGGAGAUGUCUCGGAUCACGACCGGGCUGGGCAGAUGGCAAAAGGAGGACUUGCUGUGGAGGAUCCUCCCUUCAAAAUGGUAGGGGGUGGUUGGCACUAAGCACGGCACCAAAUCGUUUGUCAUCAUCAUAAAUUACAUACAAUUAACGAAACCAACGUGAGACAAGCUGCAUUUGCAAGUACUGCUUGGAUCCAGGCAACCUUGAUCGGGCAUGAUUGAUUUCCGGAUACACAGCUGUGAGUCCGCAAUUAUCGGGUUGACGGCAGCCCUCGGACAGCAGUGAGACGAUUCAAGAGGGCCACCAUCCGAAGGUGUUCAAAGAGGGCUAUAUAGCGUUUUUGCGAGGCAACAUCUCAAGGAACCAAGGACACCCAGUGGGAAACAGAGUUAGCAACAAGUGGGUUAUAAAAGGUAAACCUGUUUCUUUCGAUUCUUCCCUUUCUCGAUUCUCCAGAUUCACGGCGCUUCAUCAGGUCCCACAAUGAACGCAGCCGGUCCCCUGGUUCAGCACCGAAGCAUCCACCGUCGAC